AUGGACGGCAUCCAAACCAUUCUGAAAUUCCUUAUGCAUCGGAAAACUGCCAUUGGUUACAGUUUUAUGGCUCUACUGACAGUGGGAAGCGAACGUUUAUUUUCUCUCGUUGCUUUCAAGUGUCCCUGCAGCAAUGAAAACUUCAUCUAUGGUUUGGUAUUUCUCUUUGCCCCAGCCUGGGUGUUGCUAGUUAUUGGGUAUUUCAUGAAUAGCAGGAUGUGGAAACUUUUCACAGGCUGCUGUCUGAAUCCCAGGAAAAUAUUCCCCAAAGGAAACAGCUGCCGUUUCUUUUAUGUCUUUGGACAAAUCACCUUAAAUGUUCUGAUAGCUCCUGUGAUGUGGCUUUCUGUGGCUUUGCUCAAUGGAACAUUUUAUGAAUGUGCCAUGAGUGGCUUGAAAUAUCCAGGGUACUUAAACACGCUCUGCAAUAACAAAUCUAUCAGGUGCUGGGAAGAGCUGAACAAAGUAGCUUGUGGCAAAACCACCAUGUCCUCUUCAGAGAGUGAGGAAUUAAAACUGACACUUCAAGCACAGUCUCAGGUUCUAGGAUGGUGCAUCAUAGUCACUACAGCUCUUUUGUCUCUGUUAACCACCUGUUGUGCCAGGUGCCAAUCCAAAAUCAGCCACCUCCAAAUGAAGUUCUGGAGGAUCUACAUAGAGAAGGAGAGAGAACAAUUGGAACAACUUUUCCAGCUAUAUGCUACCAAACUCAGUGAACGAAACCUGACGAGCUUUUUUGAGAACAAAGAACCGGACGCCUUUCCCAUGCCAACCUUCCGGGCCUGGGAAGACGCUUCUCAACUCUACUCUUUCAACAGCAGUGAGCAGCACUACAGCACCCUUCAUAGACUAGUUGAAGAUGGCAAGAAAGACAUCAGUGAGGAAAGAGAGACAACGCUGGACUUUGUAGAUGGGCAGGAAAUAGUAUAG